AUGCUUGUGCAAUGGUGUCUGGGGUUCCUCAGCUUCUGCUUUACUUAUGCUUACGCUGACUUGAGGGAGCUGCGAGUGGCUAUGGGGAUGGGGGCAAGGAGAGCGGAUGCAAAGCAUUCGGAGAGAACCGCGGACGCAAAGCAUUCGAGGAGAGCAGCCAAGGCUGAGGCGAGGAGGGCCGCAAAGGCGGCAGCCAGGAAAGCAGCGGAGGCGGCUCAGAGGCAGGACGCGGUGGACGCGGAGAUGGUGGCUGCGAUUGCAGAGGAGCUCGGCCUGGCGGCGGGUUCGGUUUCGCUCUCGUCUGCGGAGGCUGCACCGAGUGACCCGCCGGCGGCCGUCGUCGUCUCCCUGGCGGACGCCAUGUUCGAUACGGGCCGCCCGGCCGUGCCCGAGUCGACCCUCGGCGGCGAGACCACGUGUGUCAUCUGCUUUACGCGCCCGAAGUCGCACGUCGCGAUUCCAUGCGGGCACUUGUGCGCUUGCAGCUCCUGCUCCGCAAGAAUGGAGCAGUGCCCCAUCUGCCGCGAGCGGGUGAUGAUGUGGACGCUACUCCGAGUCGCCUGA